AUACAGGUGUUCUAAGCUGGAAAUGUACGUAGCUUAGACUUAUCGUCUCUUACUUUCUUUCUGCAUUCUGAAUCAAUGGCUUCCAAGUGCAACAAGUCCUUUUCCUGCGAUUAUAUGCUUCUGAAUCCAGACGAAGCUAGUUUACACGAUGUGGUGAAAAUAUUAUUUUCUAGUGACAUAGGGAAAAGAAAAUUUGUGGACUGCCCGGAAGGGACACGGGAGACAUUUGGUCGGAGAUGGAUUAUAUUUGUUUCCAUAUUGGCGCAGAAGCUUUUACAGAAAGUGUCGAAACCCUUGGCUGGGUUUGGCUCCGCGGUUGAAGAGUGGCUGAAUUUGCUGUCAAGUAAUGGCAAUAUUUUCCGGCUAGUGCUGAAUUCCAUAACAGGGAAGGUAAUAUAUCCGGAAAAAGAUUCGGCAACAUUUGUCUCAUUAAUUGGAAAUAUAGAUAAUCGAGUUAAAUUGGACAACGACAUCAGCCAUGAAGAUCGAAGAUACAAUGCUGUGCUUAGUGCAAUGGCUUCUAAAGUAUCUUAUGAGAACAAGGCAUACGUUGAAUCUACUGUGAAGAACCAGUGGAAGAUGGAGUUUUUGGAAUUUUAUGACUUAUGGAACGAUUAUCAGGAGAAAGCUACAACUCAAGCGUUCAUGCUUCAAGACAAUGAACUAACCGUUGUGGCUUUCAGGGGUACCGAAGCCUUCGAUGCAGAUGCAUGGUCUUCAGACUUCGAUAUCUCUUGGUACGAGCUUCCAGGGAUGGGAAAAGUUCAUGGUGGAUUCAUGAAAGCUCUAGGGUUGCAGAAAAAUGUAGGUUGGCCUCAAGAACAAGCCGAUAACAAGCGAGAGACAGCCUAUUAUGCCAUUAGAAAAAAACUAAAAGAAAUCCUUAAAAAAGAUGAUAAAGCAAAGUUUAUAGUGACUGGCCAUAGCUUGGGGGGUGCGUUGGCUAUUCUAUUUCCAGCUAUAUUGGCAUUGCACGACGAGGCAUGGCUGCUGGAUAGAUUAGAGGGGAUCUACACUUUUGGCCAACCUAGAGUAGGAGAUGAAAAUUUUGGAGAAUUCGUGAAAGGGAAUUUUGGAAAACACAAUGUUCGUUAUUACAGGUUUGUUUAUAGUUUUGACAUGGUGCCGAGGUUGCCUUAUGAUGAUUCGACGCUCAUGUUUAAACACUUCGGAAGUUGCGUUUACUAUAAUAGCUUCUACAAUGGACAAGUUGUUCGAGAAGAACCAGACAAAAAUUAUUUUUCUCUGCUGUGGCUUAUUCCGAAGUUCAUCAAUGCUUGUUGGGAGCUAAUUAGAAGCUUCAUUAUUCCAUAUACAAAAGGGCCAGACUACAAAGAAGGGGGUCUUCUUCGAUUAUUCAGAGUUAUCGGUUUAAUAACCGCGGGAGUGCCAGCACAUUGCCCCCAAGAUUAUAUUAAUGCCACUAGAUUGGGAUCCUCAGAUGUAUUUCUUCCAUUAACUUUUAGUUCAAAUGACCAGAAGACCUUGAAGUUAUCGUGAUCCUUAUCAGCUGUAAAUGCUUAAGAAUAUCAGAGCCAUUUGAACUCAAAGCUUGGACAGUCCUGGAAAUUAUUACAACAUCUGUUCUUAUUACUUGCCAUAAAAAGAAAAAUAAAAAUUUGUGUCUGCUGGUUUUCACCCAAAUGUGAUCCAUUUUGGGCACUUGUUUGAAGAAAGUGAAAAGAAUGAAAAUCGUGUAUUUGAUUACAAGAGGGGUGUAAUAACUUUUUUAUCCAGUAGAAAUGUUAAGUUGAUCUGCGACCAAA